UACUGCUUUGUACCUACUUUUGAGCAUAUUUUUUUAUUGAACUAUGGCGACUAUGGCCAUUAGCAUUUUGUAGGGGGGUUACAGUUGGCUUUCUAGCAUGUACCUAUACAAUAAUUAAUAAUAUUAUGUAUAAAGUUCACGGGAAUUCAAACCAUACGCGUACAUAUUAUACGAUAUACCUUAGGUAUACUGGUACACAUCAAAUGCGGUAUACCGUGUUUUCCGGUCGUCCUUUUGACUUCAACAGAAAAAACUGUGUAUUACACAUAAGUACAUUAUAUUUUUAUAUUUUAUUGUGCACGAUAUUGUACAUAGUAUCGUGUAUGUAUAAUAUUAUGUUAGUUCAUCGCAAUGGUUAAGUACAAUUGGGCCAGUGUGCACAUUAUGUGUAGGGAUAAAACGUCUGUAAGAAAAAUUAAAACCCCAGCAACUCUUGGCGACAACUAUAUACGUCUAAUAGACAUCUCUUUCGAAAUACUUUCCCUGCUUCGUCUAUUUAUUCAUUCGAUCGGUUUUCAUUUUCCCUGAUUAUAUUAUAGACAACUAUAUAUACCUACAUAUAGAAGGUAAUAGGAAAAUAUGUAUACACAUUCGAGGCACAGCUACAGACUUCGUUUUCUAAAACUGAAUAGGUAUAUUGUGUUAACUGAUACUUGGUAGAUAAAACCAUUGGUUUUCAUAAUAUAAUAUACACGUAUAAGCUGUAAAUAAUAAUUAAUAUAUAAUAUUAAAAUAUAAUAAGCCGGGCUAAAUGUUAAUUGUUGUGGGUACACAAUAUAAUUUAAUAUAAGUUCGCAUCGUUCGUAUAAAAGCUGACCGUAUAUAAUACAUAAUUUCACACACAUUAACAUAAUGGGUAAGUACAUAUUAUACGUUAAGUAUGAGUACGUUAUUUGUAAUGCGUUACCUCACGUGCGUGAAAAUAUACAUCGUUAUAAAUAUAAUUAUAAUAUAAUAUUAAAAUUAAAAAUAGUUAUGCAUAAAAAAUAAUAUGAUUUGUGAAUCGCCCCGAACGUCAUGUGAAGGUAUCUGUGUGUAUCUGUAUUACGAAGCUGAAAAGUGCAUCAGCCGAGGUACAGCUGCGUGGUAUAUAGACUGGCGUUACGAAACCGUUGACGAUCUAUAUUAUAAUAUAAUUUUAUAUUAUAUUAUUAUCUACCCAGCAAUAAUAACGAGGGCCGUUCUCACGUGCGCUCGGCGACGUUAUUUGACUUCAAGUUUCGUUAAAAGCGCGGCGGUCAACUGUACCGCGGAAUCCAAUUAUUAUUAUCAUACACCACACACACACAUAAGUAUAUUAUCUCGGGGCCGGGAUAAAGCCCGAGGCCACGACUCGAGUAUAGGUACCUACCACACGCACGCGUGCAGUCCUUCGGUUUAUUUUUUUACCUCUUUCUCUCUUUCCUUCGUCUUACGAGAGCCGCAUGCAGUUGUAGGCCUCCCGUACAUGUUAUUUUUUUUAUAUAUAAAUACGCGUCGGAUGACCGUACGCUUUCAGUGUCUCAACUCGCGCACGCUCGUCUAUAAUAUAAUUAUAUUACUACUUUUCUAUGACUGCUACCUAUACAUAGUAUACCUACUGCAAUACCGCGGUUGUUCUUUUAAACCGACAUUCGCCCGCUGUCAGUUCGGAAAAGUUCUGCACAUAAAGCUAAAUAUCAUAAAGUAGAUGCGCCGAUAUACCGCUACAAUGUCACCCUACACGCAGCUGCGGUCACUGGUCGUGGUCGUCAUCGCUACAUCAUCACUGCUGCAGAUGACGUCGGGCAGCCCCUUGUCUGUGUACGGUUACGGAGCGGCCGCUCAGCCACGGGCCGACUACCGUCACAACGGCUACUACGGGCGCGCGGCCGCGGCCGACGAGCACGCCGCCGCCCCGCCUAAAUACAACUUCGCGUACGACGUGUCCGACGCGUACACGGGCGACUACAAGUCUCAGACCGAAGUGAGAGACGGCAAUAACGUCAAGGGACAGUACACGGUCGUCGAACCGGACGGUACCAGGCGCGUGGUGGACUACACGGCUGACGAGGAGAACGGCUUCAACGCGGUCGUGUCCAAGGAGGGCCACCCGGCCGCCGAUGCUCCUGCUUACCGACCCGUGGCCGCCGCUCCAGCUUACCGACCGGCCGCCGCCGCCGCUCCCUCUUACCGACCGGCCGCCGAUGCUCCCGCUUAUCGACCCGCCGCCGUUCCUUCUUACCGACCAGCCUACAAACCGGCCUACAAGCCAUCCUUGUCCGCCGCCUACCGUCCGGCACCAGCCGCCGUCUACCAGCACGCCGCCGAUGCCGCCGACGAGCCCCCGGCUUACCCGGAAGCCCCGUUGUACAAAUCCGCCUACAAGCAGCCACCUUCCUAUUACCCAUACAGAUCGUACUGAUCGAGUCAGUAUAAUAUUAUUAUAUCGUUCAGUGACUAUAAUAUUCUUAUUACCUAUGACUGUAUAUUGUUCAUUACAACUACCUAUUAUUAAAAUAUUAUUGUUAAACGAGAUUGAUUCUUAAUAAAUAAAAUAAUAUAAUAUAUUUUUA